AUGCGUUGUACCAACGUCCCUGCUUCCUUCUUCGGAUCGUCGUACGUGGCUCUUCCCCUCCAGGAGGCCAGGAGCUCGACCGAGAUCAGCUUACGGCUCAAGACACACCGUGCCGACGCCCUCCUGCUCCUGGCGGCGGGCAACACCGACUACUGCCUGGUGGUGUUGGAGGGAGGCGCUCUGAGGGUGCGGAUCAACCUGGGGGCGGGAGAGUCGGAGCUGUCGUCGCCGCCUCGCCUGCGCCUCGACGACCUCUUCUGGCACGAGGUCAAGAUCUCCCGCAACACCGCCGAGAUGAGCCUCACCAUCGACAACAUCCACACCACCAGGUAG